GUCCGGCCGCCCAGCAUCCACAGUGCCCCGUCCGUACAUAUGUGAUUCACCAUCAGGAGCACCAUGGCAGCCCAGCAGGAAGCUCCGCGCCCACGCAACCAAGGACUCACAGGUUGCGGAGCCGCCCGCUUAGGUCUUACAUCCCAGAACGCCAAAAAGCAGACAAAGGAGAUCCACGGCGCCCAUGGGCACCGUGGCAGCCCAGCAGGAAGCUCCGCGCCCACGCAACCAAGGACUCACAGGUUGCGGAGCCGCCCGCUUAGGACUUACAGCCCAGAACGCCAAAAAGCAGACAAACGAAAUCAGUACACGCGAUUCAUCGCAACGCUGCACGCCUCCCAAUGGGCGCGCGCGUACUCCGGCGUCUCUGGCCUGUUGAAAGGCUGCCGGCUCCUCUUCGUCACAUCCACGUACCGCUGGUAGACCCAGCGGAACGGGUUCUUCGUAUUGUCCUUGCGACAAUACGUCCCAUUCUUCUUGAAUGGAUGUGGGAGUUGAAUCCCGCAGAAGCUUGCCAUCUUGUUAUUGUUGUUGUUGUUGUUGUUGGUGUUGGUGGUGUUGUUAAUGUUGCUGUUGCUGUUGUUGCUGCUUUGGUGAAGAUGGCAAGAUCUGUGUAGGAAGGAGAAAAGAGAAAUGGGAGCGCGGGAAUUGGGAGG